CUCGCCCCCUUUGUCGCCGGGAAGCUGCGGAUCCACGGGGAUGGUGUGCCGGAGGACCCGGUUAUGCACUGCAAAAGUAUCGUACUCGUAGUAUUGCAAUACAAAUUAGCUCAGCACGACAAAUGGAAUUUGUCAUGCUGAUUUAGCUUGAAAAAGAGAUUUGUAAUGCAUAACUGCAAUUAGUACGAGUGCGAUACUUUUGCAGUGCAUACCGGUGUUUCGCGUACAAAUCUUGUCGGCUUGGCUAUCAAAGGGAAAAAUUCUUCCUCCCCAUAUCGAAACGCAACGCCUAAGAGAAUUUGUGAUGCUGAUUUGUGACCACAAAUAUUAUCUGUCUUGCAAGAAAGCAACGGCAGAGGCUCCGCCCCCUUAUGCAGGCGGUUUGUAAUGCUGUUGGGCCUACAGCAUGGACGUUCCUCAUGCUAAGCGCCUAGGCCAAAACCUCUCCGCAUUGGCAUGAUAUGGGCCUGCAGUCCUGUGCUGCAACACAAAUCGGAUUUGUGUACGCAAAUCCGGCAUCAGAAAUUUCGUUUUGAUGUGGGGAGGGGGGAUUUUUCAUUUUGAUACUGGCGGCAGGAGGAGUUUGUCGGCAGGGAAUUUUGGGUGACGGCCCGGAACCUCCGGCCACUCACGGACACGGAGGCGUUCCGGUUGUAUGGGUAUGUGUAGUAGUUGUAAAAGAGAAACAGUGUCGUGUGUAGUAAAAGAGAAGGUCCGCAACGACUUGCUUUUAUUUCUAGCGAGGACGAGGACCAUUGUCUUCAUCGCAUGAAUUAGGCUUGUUUGAAGUGGUGCUAGUGUUAAACAAAGAAAAGUCGCAACAGCAUGAUGUUUUUCAAAAAAGUAAGCAUGAUACAAAGCAUUGACCAAAUGUAUUUGUCGAAAAAUAGUAGAGGGAAUAAGUACCUAGAAGAAGUGAAGACGUCUGCCAACCAGUUCUUCUGUGUUGAUGAGUCGCAUUUCUGACAGGACAGCGUUGUGCCAAGGAGCACAACCAUGUUUCUACUACUAGAUUGAUUUGCCACAAUGAAAGGAAAAAGAACCAAACAAAAGCGUGGUUUGAAUGUGCACCGAUUUUUUUUCGGGCUGUCAAGAUUUUUCGUUUCGCGUUUUCAAACCAGUCAACUAGGGUGCUGCGUAGCAUUCGCAAAGAGCCGCGUCCUACAGUAGGUUCAUGAUGCCAUAUUAUCGUCAUAACUCCGGAAUAAACUCGUAGACUUUUCUAGAAAUCGAGUAGUUGAUGUUAGAAUUAUGGAAGCAUUCCUCAGUUCUAGCAUCGACCGAUAGUGGUACUACCAGGAAAUAGACUGUUUUUCCGAAUGGCUAUGGUUACAUUGAUUCAUCCUGCUCGGGACGUCGAGAUAUUGCUGUGCUAUGCUGUUGCAUCUUGGUUUGAAUUUGAGGCAGAUGGAAAUUUAUUUCCGAGAAAUUAUUCAGCAAUAAUUUGAAU